AUACGGUAAUUUUAAUUUCUACCCAUGGUGGUAUACUUCGAUGGUCUAGUUCCUUCGUAUUUAAAAUUGGAUACUGAACUUGUAGCGCUUGUCUAUAUUACUGUGAAAUCGUAAAGUCAAAUUUACUGCGUUUUCUGCCGCGAACCGUUGAAACUGAUCUUUUCUUCAGAGUUUAGAAACUUCGUAAGAAAGAACCUGACAUAAAUAUACGUUUGCGAUACUGGGGCGACUUAUGAAAUUAUAAACUACCAUUUUUGGUCCAAAAGACUUCUCUAUAUUCAAGUUUAAAUAAACUUAGUGACAGCAAUAUCGAAGAUAAAGCAAUUGGUGACACGUUAAAAUAAAAUGUGCUUCUUUGUAUCAUUACAGCCUUUAAGUCUCUUUAUAAUUCUGAGAAAAAUAUUUCAGAAUUAGAUGAAUAAACAAUACCCGGUCUGUGAGAGCCCCACUCGUGUGAGGCGAGGGAGUGUUCUUUAGAGGGGGGAAGGCACGCGACACAGGAGGUGGUGUGCUGUGGGGAGGCUGUUCAAAUGACUUCUGUGGCACGCGUCGCGGCUCAAGACGGUGUUUCAGUCGUGUGAGCGAAGGCAGCAGGACAAGGCGGUCCAGCAGCCUCCGAGAACCAUGCCCAGAGCGUUUCUCAUCACUCACCGCCGCUACAACACAGUGGUGGAGUACGAGCAGAGAGAUAGCAGCCCAGAGAGGAGCGUGAGCGUCGCUGAGCCAGGCGGUGGGCAUGGUGACUGUCCCCCUGAGCUGUACAACCUCACUCAGCUGGCAGAGGUGAGCCUCGCGGCUGCAGCGGGACACCUCUUCAGCCACCACGUGCUGCACUCCGAGACGGCACGAGGCUACGGGGAAGUGAGGCCUCCUGAAGAAGGAACAGAGUCGGAGGCGCACGGCUGCCCUGACUGCGGAAAACGUUACAGCACCUCCAGUAACCUCGCACGUCACCGCCAGACCCAUCGAUCACUGGGUGACAAGAAAGCCCGUCGCUGUCCCCAUUGCGAUAAGGUGUAUGUGUCCAUGCCUGCCUUCUCGAUGCACGUGAGGACCCACAACCAAGGCUGCAAAUGUCCCUACUGUGGCAAGUGUUUCUCUCGUCCCUGGCUCCUGCAGGGACACAUCCGGACCCACACAGGGGAGAAGCCAUUCAAGUGUUCUAUUUGCACAAAAGCUUUUGCCGACAAGUCGAACCUGCGCGCGCACGUGCAGACGCACUCUCAUACCAAGCCACACGUGUGUGGUCGUUGUGGAAAGGCUUUCGCGCUGAAGUCCUACCUGUACAAGCACGAGGAGUCCUCCUGUAUGAGGCUUCACAGUGCCUCGUCCAAGCUGCUGCCUCCGCCUACAUUAUCCGUGCCUCUCCCGGGGAGAGUCCUCGGCGUUGCCAUCACCGUCUGAAGGAAGAUAGCCAAUUUAAGCUACGGCUCAAGACGAAAGAAAACAGGGAACUUCAAUUCAAGAAUUAACAUUGGAUGCAAUGAAUACGAGUUUGUACAGAGUGACCUAUUUAAGGCAUAAGUCAAAAAUCGAAUGUGUAUUUGAACGAUGGCCAACGAAGAUGACAGACUGACGUUGUCUUCUUAACAGUCUGUAGUAGGGGAUAACAACCCGCGGCCCGCCAAUGUGUUUUGUGUGGCCCGAGUACAUUUUGCUGUGUAACUAUAUCAUCCUGCAAGAUGAAAUGGUUACCUGGCAUUAGAAAAAGGAUUUUGCUAAUGUCGUCAGUAUCUGGCAGUACAUAUCGAUGUGAGCAAAUAUUCAAACUUCGCAUGCAAUUGACGUUGAAUAUUUGAAUUGCCUGUCAAAAUACGAACAUGAAACAGCGACUAUAGACGGUUAAGAACACAACAGUCCUUUACAUGAAGACAGCACAGAAAUAAAGCGAGUGAAAGCCGACAAAAUUUUACUGACAUAAUUGGAUUUUAUCAGAGUUGAAAAAAUCCUUGCACGAUGUUAAAAAUGUAUACACACGUAGGAGUGCGUAUUUAUAAUACAAGGUAUGCUGCUUCACAUCUGGUCAUUAUUAUGUUCAAAUUAAUUAAUUCUAAAGAAGUAAAAAAGGUUUGUGGAAAUGCGAACAUCCAAAAAUCUUUCCGCAUAAGACAGAACUUGAUAGCUUUUCUUUGUGUUUGAAAAAGGUCUCUGGAAGUUUCCUCACUGUCGGUCGAAAGUGUGGAACAUUAUUCUAGCGUUCCUCUAGACAAUGUAAUAAUUAGGAACAGAAGAGUUUGAUAAAUCUCUUCAAUUAGAAUAGAUUUGUCGGUGUGUUUUAAAUGCAAAAAUGAUUUCCUGAUGAUGGGACCAGAAAAGUGCAUGUUUUUAUCUUCCUUCUGAACGUGGCCAGAGAAUGGUGACAAGAUAAUUAUUAUUUUUAUAUGAUGUUGUGCUGAUAUUUCUAAAUAUUUUCCAGUAGUUACUUUAUAUAUACAGAGAGAUAAAGCCUUUCAGUCACAAAACUGUGUAUAAAAGCCGCACCAAUGUGCCUUUAUUGAAACGGGAAUGAUUCAACAUAUGCCAUGUCAUUUCUUGGACCAGGUGCUAUAGUAUAUAUCAAUGGAAGUCCUUCAAUAGGCAGCUAAUAUUCAUAUUUAUGUUCUGUAAGUUCUUCAGUUGUGCCUACAUGUUAAUUUAAUUUAUAUUAAUUUUUAUUUAAUGCAUUAUGUGUAUUAGUUGUCAAGUUUUAACAAAUACGUCUUACAUCUAGACUACUUAACACAAUAGUUUAAACUGCAGGAUUAAGUAAACAUCAUAAUAAUGAGCAGCUUCGUUGCCUGAUGUUUAUAAUUAGUUUCUUCCGAGAAUGCUGAAGGACUUGAGAUUUUGAUAUGGUGGUUUCCAUAUGUCCUUUUCCUAGCUUGGAGGUAAUCAGAUGAAAUCUCCAUUUUAUACCAGUAAGCAGAAACCAUUUAUACGGGAAGAGUUCAAAGCUAAAACUCCUUUGUAUACCGAAGUACACGCUGCAGAUUAUCAGGUAACGAAACUGCUGCUGUACACAGAGCCCUCUAUGGUAUUUUUAAGUUUUACUGUGCGGUGUGCUACUCUGGACCUGCGGUGGUCAAGGGGGGGGGGAAGAUCUCUGCUCAUUUUAUUUCCACAGACGAAAACAUAAUUUAAUUUUGUGAUAAUUAAAGUCAUUAUAAAUGAUGAAGCAACAAAAUGUUUCUGAAUAUUUUAUUCAUUAUCAAUGAAUGGAAUAUUGAUACUUACAAAGUGCGGAGCUAAUAGCGAAAACUUAACACGUGUUAAAAAUUUUAAAUUUGUCUAAUAUUCUUGCGUGUUUUUGAAUUCAACUGUUCUAUUAAAUUAAAAUGACAAAAGCUUGGUGGGUUUAUAGCAAUGUGAAUGAAAAUGUCGUAUGAACAAAUCUCCACUCUUUAGGAUAAACAUGACUGGUACAUUUUCUGCCUCCUGUCGUGCAGGUUUGGUUGGUUCUCACUGAAAUUCUUUAAAAUAAAUGUUCUUUUGCGCCCUUAAGAGCACUGCAGAGAAAGGGUAAGGCAACAUAUAUAUUCUAUUGCUCUGUCUAUAUGAUUGUUAAAACUGCCAGCUCGCGCUAUCUUGCUAUACAUAAUUUAUUUAAUGAAUCAUAAAGGAUAUGACAAGAAGUGGUCGUGGAAUAUUUUAAACUGCUAUUUAAAUAUUUACAUGGAAGGAUUACGGAAACCGACGAGAAACCUCAGUCAUGAUAACAGAGUAUAAGGCCAAGAAGCUGGGGCCUCCUGGAUACCAAAUAGGGCAGCAUUUCUCCCUCGCUCAUUUGCCGCUUGCCUGCAAAGAGCUUUGGCCGGGUGCAUAUUGCCUUCGUUACGUCAGUAAGCUGAAAUAUUUGCGGCUGAGCGCGGUGCGGUGUGAGGGUGAGCUUGGACACGCGAUGCAUAAGACGAAACGUCCAGGGCUGUCAAAAAGCUUCAUUUCUGAAAAAUACAAAUAAAGAAUUUAUCCUCACUAAAUUACAUAGUACUUAUGUAAGUGCAAAUAUACAUCAACAUAAGGCCAGUAAUGUAAGCUAUCAACUGCAAUAUUCUUAGUUUAAUUAACGACACUUUUCACCUCCAUAGUUCGGGGUAUGUAGACCGAACGGCAGGAUGAUUUGUCAAAGAUGUUCAUAAAAGAAAAAUGUUUCUACUGUUGUCUAGAUUAAAUACGAAAAACAUGGCAGAAGCAAAAGGCUUAUACUUGGUAACUUUAAGUGUUCCUUACGUGAAACUUCCCUGAUGAGCUAUAUAUGGCAGUAGUGUACUGACAUAGGAAUGAAUGACCGAACUUUGUAGUCGAGCAGCUGGCAGUGCUGCGUCAUUUCUGGGAUAUCCUAGUUCAAGUAUCGCUUCGGAGAGCUGAUAUCCUGACUGAGGAUGUUCGUGGUUGUUUCAGGUUGGGGUAGUAUCUCAAGUUAAACCACGACCGCUUCGACGUUUUAUAGUCUCAGCUACUGAAAGUGUCGUCACAUAAACCAUAAAUAAUUAAGACGUAGGACUGAUCGAGUGUCUAUCAAUAUUUUUGUUUACCACAGGACGUGAUAUUUAUUAAACAAUCACCUGAGUUCGCGUACUUCUGUAGGCUUCCUCCAAGGAACAGAAUCCACACCCCUGUCCCACGUUAAGUCGGUUGCAGGACCCUAUUAAUAGAUAACAGGGUUUCCCUGCUACUGAAGGGUGCACAUGUGUGUGCAAAUCCGGGGUUUUAAAAUACAGUCGACCAAGGAACUGGUGCGAGUUUCCGACUGCUGAAGGAAAUCGCUCGAGUGCCAAAAUAUGAGGGCCAGAGUUGCACACAAAACUAACAUUAACGAGUUUAUUUUAAAUGGACGAGUAUUAUCCUAGUCGUAAUGUCGGCAUCUCAGUCCCAUCGCGUCGAAAUGGAUGCACUUGUUUCGGUGCUAAGUUACUGGUAUUUUCGAAAACAGGCAAGGGUAAUUCGGAAGAUUGACUUCAUUUCGCUUUGAUCAACUCCAUGGAGCAGACUCUUUCCUGAAAAGUUUACGAUGGCUCAGUUAGUCAAGAUAUUUCGAACGUAUUACAAACCCCAAAGAUUCGCUGCCAUUUUCAUAACAAAUUGUCACUGGUGUCUGUCCUGAUUGACAUGAAUCUAGUCCACAUCCUCCCUCCCAUCUUCGACUAGGUCUUCUAAGUGGUUUCUUCCCACCAGGAUUAGAGAACACACAUCAACACUUGGUAAAAAUUAUAAAGCUCCUGUUUCUUGCUCUUAGGUCAAAGUAGUAUCUUCAGUGUGUGUCUUUUGGGAUGCUGCGCUCCGUAGUCUGUGACCGACGUUUCAGAGGAGUUUGGUCCCAUCUUCACAGUCGUCGCUAAAACUUGAGAUCUCAUCAUCAUCACUUAUUCCUUAGAAGCAAUCCAUGUCCUUUACUACGCGCUAUAGACUAUGUUUUGCGCCAACAUUUUACUUCGUUUUCAAAGGUAGUAACUAUGUACAGUUCCGGUAUUCCAUACAAAAUUGUUUAAAAUUAAUUUUGGUUAAUGAAUACACGUUAUUUUAUUCUCAUGCAUAGUAAAAACUUCGAGGUAAUGUUAAACUAAAAUAUGUGUGAAACUUUUCCUGUUCUACAAAAACACAGAGGCAUCCCUACAGCACCUUCAGGUCAACUAAUACAUUCACUUCUCUCAGCUGAGAGUAAAAACUGAUUUAUGGCUUCAGAAUUACGCAUUCGGGAGUUCAUGCUUUGCGGUUAAUUAUGUCAUUUGGAAGUCGCUACCAGAAGCUAAUGCUCCGAUUUUCUAUCCUUUCGACAAACGCGAGGGAUGAAUUUGCCUGUACUUAAUUUUUACAUUUAUAUAAUUCCUUGACUUUGUGUUGAUUUGUACAUUUAUGUUUCUUUUAUUUUCUAACAUACUAGUUUACGUUUAAAUCCAACAGUGUGUUAUUUAUAUUUCUCCACAGCCACCAUGUCUGGUGCUUGUCAUAAUUCUAUGUAUCCUAGUCAUGUUUCAUUUAUUCUCUUCGUGUCUCUUUAAAACAUAAAUAUAUUAUGUUUAGUUUUGUUUGCAUUUUGAUGUUUUAUUUAAUAUUAGUUGAUUUUUCAGUCUGUUACAUUUAAUUUGUUUUAUUUAAUAUUUGCAUGAUACUUUAAACAAGUGAGAUCGCCUGUAUCAGAGUAAAAUCAAGCCAACUUAAACGUCCAUGAUACUCAGAAAUUAUGCUUGAAAGACAUAUGUAGCAUUAAAAUUUACUAGCUUCUAUGUUACACAUCUCAAUAUAUAGUUUAAAAUGAAAGUCUUUGUUUCCUCUUUUAUGAUAUUACUAGAAACACUUCGAUAAUAGUGAAUAACGUUAGUAGUCUAGAAAUUAUAUAAUAUUCUUAAUUUGUGUAAUUAAUUGUAAACAAUAUAGGCCUACGUCGUUAAAAUGCUUAUCGACCACAAGGCGAAUACAAAUUAUCUGAACAGUUUCAGAUAUCUUAGGCUCUAAUUCGGCAGGAUCACAACCCCCGGCUCUGUGUUAGAAUAACGCACAAAUAUAAAUUCUGUACAAAAUUACUGGAGAUUCGAUUUUAUCAUAAUACUUUAUUUCAUAGGGCUUUUUUUACCAGCUGUAGCAUCUUGUAGUAUGAAACAUAAGCUGAAAUAAUUCUGCCUUCAGUUAACCUUUUUACAAAUUUUACAAGAAAUUUUAUUUUCUAUGUGAGAGUUGAUGUAUUUAUUUACGGCGUUAAAGUUUGAGCAGUCUUCUGAGUUUCGGUGCCUUAUUCUUCCUUUUAAAAGAAAAACAAAACAGAACUGCACAAAGGAUCUGUUGUCGUUAUUAUAGUUAUCUUAACUGCCCGUCUGGACCCUUUCACUUGUACUAACUUUGUGCAAAGUUAGUUAUUGUGUUUCAGGACUUACACAAAUGUCUAUUAAAUAUGGGCUGUAACUAUGUUCAGAAUGCAAUUAUUUUUCCACUGCCCAUGCCCAUUUCAGACACCAUAUCUUGGCCUCCAUAUUAAAAUUCAGAAGGUUAAUAUAUCAGUGAACUAAUAUAAGUUUUGACUUAAUCUUGACCGAAGUCUUAAAAUCUGUGGGAAAAUAAAAACUCUCUUUCCAACUUACUGCGUCUCUCUGAUAUUUCUAAGAGAACACUACGCAUCUCAUUCUAUCUGCAGUUGGACUGAUUUUCUUUUUAAGUCCUGCGUUUUGAGGGCAGUUUACAAAGCAUAUAACUUAGCAGUAAUUGAAAAUAAAGCUGAGUAUCAAAUCUGUUGUGAGCCUACUAGAAACAAGUAUAACUUGUCAAAGUGCCAGUCCGCUACCCCUUACGUACAUGCAACCCACUUCACAGCAGUGUAUGAUGUGUGCUAGAUGCUCACGGCGAAUCACUGUGACGAAAGAGGAAGAAACUUAUGGUUUGAUUUCACACACUUAUGUGUUGCUACAUCCUCGAAUUUUGAGUUUCUAUGGUUCUUGCUGUCAAUUAAUUUGUAAAGUGUCUAUGUAUCAUUCCCAUAGUAUUUUACUGAACACGAGAGUUAUAUUAUAUUUUAUAUUAUGAUAAAUAAAAAGAGUUAAAUAAUAAUAAUAUUCCAGGGCAGCACGACAAUUAUUUCUCACCGUAAUUUAGUAUAUGUAGAAUGUAAACUAUACACUGUUACGUAUUGUAUUUACGAAACAAAGUGUUUCUAAAUUUUUAUAUUCCUAUAUUGUAGAUAAUAGAAUAAAGUGAUUUUAGAAUAAUUUAUUGUCACAAAUAUGUGCUAUUAAUAAAGUUGUAUCGUUGUAUUUUAA